CAAUUCGCCCAGAAGCUAAAUCAACCUGAGGUUUUAGGCACUUGUUUAUUCGCGACUGUGUCUAAAUGUGAAACCUGUUGAGUGAUCUUUUCAGUAAUUAGGUGCAAUUAAUAAUUAGUGUUAACGCGUAUUUGAAGCGGUGAGUCUCAGUUGUCCGAAAGCAGUGUAGUUGUGCACCCCCUCACAAUGGGGGGUAGGUGUCACGAAUUUCUUCUAACUUUGAAACGAAAAAAUCCAAAUGCGUCCUGGGGAUUUAGUCUUGUAGGGGGUGCGGAUGUAAACACUCCUCUGAUCGUAACGAAAGUAGCUUUUGGAUCACCAUCGGAUGGUGUUCUGCAGAGAGGCGACAUCAUAAGCAAAGUUGGAAAUUAUGAUGCUAGGGAUAUUCGUCAUGAAGAUGCCCAAAAUUUGUUUAGGAAUGCCGGAGAUAACAUAAGGAUUGUAGUUCAAAGGGACCAUCAGGCCAGACCGAAUACCAGUACUGGCUCAUCCAGAAGUAGUUCGCGUAAUUAUGGCAGCCCCCUGUCGGUAUCUCCACAUUUAUCACCAAGAGGAGGUGGUGCGUACCACGCCGGAUCAGCUUUAAUGCCGACAUACGGCGCCCCUUUUGAAGAGAUGCGCGAAGGGUAUUUUGAUGAAAUACCGGACAUUAGAGGUCAGCGUCGUAGAAACGAUAACAUAGACGUUCACGUUGUUAAUCAGCCAUAUCGUACAACCCCCCUAGUACUACCGGGGGCAAAAGUGAAACCUGAUCAAACCAUCACUGAGUGUUACCUUCGUCAUCAUCCAAACCCAAACGUCAGAGCACGUCCUCACCACCUAGACGCAGACUAUUAUUAUAAACAAAAGGUUGCCGAUUCUGUACUACAAAGAAUUUCUACCGAUGAUCCUUCAAAGCAGGUGGUUCACAAGCAAUUUAAUUCUCCGAUUGGUCUCUACAGUGAUCCGAACAUAGCAGACACCCUUCAAAGACAAACCGGCGCUAACGUUUCUCGCCGUAACGUGAAAUACGAUCCAUCGAAAAGCGAAACCUACAAAGCGCUCCAAGAGCAAAGCUACUCCGAUCGCGUACACGAAGUGCCAGUCCCUCCACAAACCAGAAUUUAUACUCCAAUACCGGGCAAGAAACACCAUAACGCUACGCACCAUCAACCUUACCAGAACAAUACGAACUCAUUGGCAAGUCCCGAUGACGACGACAUCCAACAGAGCCACUCGUUCAAAAGACUAAUGUGGAGCGUCCUGCCCGAAACGGAUUACUAAACCCAUUUAGCCGAAAAUGUGAUGUUAACAUUUUUGUUUUAAGAAACAAUUUAGAAAUUCGUCUAACAACACAUUUUUGAAUUUUGUAAAUGCAAAAAAAACACCCUUGCAAACACGUAGAGCAAAUGAUGCAAUUUCUUAUAUCUAAGUUGUUGUUUUGCUUAGUUAUAUAAUCAUUCGCUUAAUAUUAACAUAAAAUUGUAUUUUUUUCAUUAACAUUAUCGAUGUUUUAUUUUUGAGAGUUUAUUUUUAUUUAUGAAAUAUUAUUAUACAUACAAAAAGGUACGAGUGAAAUCUAGUCAAAACUCUGGGCAUGGUCAGUGCCGCUUGUUAUUAGACUGUAAGUAAUUUUCUAAAAACUAUCCCAUGUAAUUAUAUUAUACUUUAAAAACAAGGAGUGUUGUAUAAGAUAUCUAUCAGCCUUAAAUAAAAAUGUAUUUAUUUUCA